CUUUUAGUAAUAGCUGUUGCCAUGGAGACGGAAAAAGAGCUCACGAAACACCAGUCAUGAUUCUUCAGUCCUGGCCGUGGUGGAUGGGACUCACGACCAUGACAUAGCAUAUAUCGAUGAAACAGCAUGGAUACAGAUGUUCCUAACGUGGACACCGGCCAGCAGCAGCACAUCAAGCAGGAGUCUACUCAGCAGGGCUCCUCAGCGGACCAACUGUUCCAGAAGCAGCACCACCGUCUUCAGGUGGUAGGUGCAGGCGAAAUGACGCCGGAGGAAGGACAAGAGGUUGUUGCCGACCUCCAGCAGCAAACGAGGGUUCCUGAACGUCCAUCAAGUUCCUCAAGGACUCCUUGCCCGAAGUUCACCAAGAAAUGCGAUUCCUGCGGGCGGGAGUUCCACACUACAAACCACUACCUGGAACACGUGUGUGGGGCGUCGCCGCACGCGGGACUGAGUUGUUCGACGACGACCACCUCCCUAGAAGGUGGCGGCAACAGUAGACCUUGUUCUGUUCCUACCUCGCACUACCCUUCCGCGGGAGUCGGGGCUACAACCUCCAACAGCAGCAAUUUGUUCUGCAACGAGUUGUCCAACAGCUCGACUAGCGACGUGGAGAACUUCACGGGAAAGAUCGUGUACAAUCCAGACGGAUCGGCCUUCAUCCUGGAAACGCAGGGGGCCGACUCCGAGAUCAGCGAUGACGAGGGAUGCAGUGAAGUGAUGUUGGCGAAAGCGGCCGAAGAGGCGGCUGCUCGAGUUCCUGUAUCUUCUCAGCUCAUCCCACACAUGGUGAAUGCUCUGCAUAUCGCUAGAAAUCCUGCGCUGUACAGCGCCCUGUAUGGACAGGCUUACAGUUUCCUUCAAGAAAAAAAUAAAGUUCCUGAUAUCCCUGUUAUGCACAGUUUUAGGGUCUUCACAGUGCGCAACGUUGCCUGUGAGACCGCAGUUACUACUACAUCUAGCAAACUGGACGAGGACGGUUCGCAAAAGAGGCCGUCCCACGUCAACAAUGCUAACUUUCCUAUGGUAGACUAUUCUUCUGUACCGAUAAAACCUAUAUUAAUGUGUUUUCUCUGCAAACUUUCUUUUGGUUACGCAAAAUCAUUUGUGGCUCACGCCAUGGGUGAACAUAAUAUAAAUUUGAAUGAGGAGGAGAAAAAUAUUAUGUCUCAAAAGAACACUUCGGCAAUCAUACAGGGUGUCGGGAAAGAGAAAGAACCACUCUUAUCAUUCCUAGAACCUAUUCCUAGUUCUGUUUCUCAGAACAGUAUGGGGAGCCAAAGUGGUAACAUAUAUGCCCAGUCAUUGCAGAGCUCAUGUACCAGUUCCUUCGGGUCCACGGACCCCAUGACUAAUCUCUUGAAUGCUGUGUCCAGUGCAGUGGCUGGGGGAUAUGGUUCCUCGGCUAUCACGACUUUGGUUUCGGCAGUUUCCAGUCCUGUAGCAGCGCUUUCCGAGAUAAAACCAAGUGUCUCGAAAGCAGCUAUGAGAUCGACGCCAUCCCUGACUAGUUCCUUGUUGACCGCUGAAAGCGAUGAGGCCUUAGCACCAGAGUUUCAAGACUUGGUGACGAUUGAAAAGCUUGCAAAAGCUGCUACAGCAGCUGCAGAGGCGGACUCUGUUUCUUCCGUGUCACCUAGGGAGCGCAAAACUCCUUGCUAUAACGGUCAAAAUAACGACCUGCAGGAAGACCAAGAUCUACGACUAAAUCCUUUCGAUUUCAGUCCUCAUCCUACUUUACCAUCGGCUGGAUCGAUGAGUUCUUUGGACAGGCCCACAAGCGCUGGCAGCCACGAAAGCAUGUCUCCUGGAAUGUCCAGGGUUUCUCCUAAGAACAAUCCUGCACAGAGCCCUUUGCUAUCUACAGUUCCUUCUCCAUCGCCAACGACUAGCAGUCCUGUUUGCAUAUGUCCACAACAUCCUGACGGACGGACGAAUGGCGUGGAAUGUCCCAAGUGCGACCUUAUAUUAGGUUCGUCUCGAUCUCUGGGCGGUCACAUGACUAUGAUGCAUUCAAGGAACUCUUGUAAAACUCUGAAAUGUCCAAAGUGUAACUGGCAUUACAAAUACCAAGAGACUUUGGAAAUACAUAUGAAAGAGAAACAUCCGGAAAAUGACAUGAGUUGCAUUUAUUGCCUCACUAACCAGUCUCAUCCUAGAUUAGCUCGUGGGGAAACGUAUACAUGCGGUUACAAACCUUAUCGCUGUGAGGUUUGCAACUACUCUACUACGACAAAAGGCAAUCUCAGUAUACAUAUGCAAUCUGAUAAGCAUAUUAACAACGUACAAGAGUUACAGAAUGGUACACUACAACCUGAACAUGUUAUACCUCAGCAAACUUUGGCAGCUCCACCACCUAUGCCUACACCUCCAGCUGUGGAGGUGGCAGUUAAAAAACCUGUCACUACCAACAAACCAAAGGCAACAUGGCGAUGUGAUGUAUGCAAUUAUGAGACAAAUGUGGCUCGAAAUUUGAGAAUUCACAUGACAAGUGAAAAACACAAUCAUAACAUGAUGGUUUUGCAGCAAAACGUGAAACACAUGCAGCAAAUUUCCGCUUUCCAACAAGCACAAGCGCAAGCACAGGUUCAAGCUCAGGCUAUGGAUCCUAUGUUCAACUUCCAUCCUGGACUCUUACUGCCAUGUGACUCUCAACUUCAGCCGGAAGCAGCACUUGCAGAUAUGGCUUACAACCAUGCCUUGCUAAUGAUGGCUACACAGCAGCAGCAACAAAGAGCUAUGGCUGCUGCUGCGGCGGCAGCAGCAGCAGCAACUGGAAAAAGUUCCAUAGGGGCACCUCUUAAUCUCAGUGUUCCUCCUACCCUAGAUAUAGACCAUCCCGAUCCAUCUCUGAGGCCCGAUGUACCUUAUGAUGAGAAUGGAAAAUUAUUCCAGUGUUGCGUGUGUCACGUGUAUUCAGCCGAUAGCAUCGAGGCUCUCAACCAACAUGCUCAAUUAGAUCGCACGCGCCAGCGUGAGGAAGAAGUUUUGAUGGUUGUAGCCGGAACAUAUAUCUGCAAACUGUGUACUUAUAAAACAAAUCUAAAGGCUAAUUUCCAGCUUCAUUGUAAAACAGAUAAACAUCUGCAACGACUACAGCAUGUGAAUCAUGUGAAAGAAGGUGGUGCGAGUACAGAGUGGAAGCUAAAGUAUGCAAAUGUCAGUAAUCCAGUUCAAGUACGUUGCAAUGCUUGCGAUUACUACACGAACAGCAUUCACAAAUUGCAACUACACAAUGCCAACCCACGUCAUGAAGCGAAUGGGAGAAUAUUUGCACAUCUACAAAUAGGAGUCAAUUCAUUGAAAGCUGAAGCUCAUUACUUCCACUGCAGAUUGUGCAAUUUUUCAACGAAAGCGAAGUUCAACUUGAUUCAGCAUGUUCAUUCCAUUAGGCAUCUUCGGCAUGAGAAUUUCAGGCAAAUGCAGCUAAGAACAGAAGGAAGAGAUGUAGAUGAAGACGUGAGAGAUUAUGUGCUCGUGAAGGAGCUUAAAGGGAAUGAGAAAAUCAUCUUUGAUGCUGAUGUGGAUACUCCGAUGGUUGAUUUCAGCGAAGACGAAGCACCUAAAUCUGAUGACAAACCAAUUUCUCCCAAAUCUGAAGACAAAUCCAGCGAUUCCAGAUUGAAAAAAGCUUUAUUAGAACAGUCAAAGCCAAACAGCCCCUCGGAAAGUGCUUCGAAUCAAGAACCCACUCAUCGCUGUCCAUUUUGCAACUACACCAGCAACACAGAAGUACGAAUUCAAAUGCAUGUUGUCUCUCAACAUCUGCCACAAACAAAUACUAUUCCUUGUCCUCUGUGUCAGGAAGGUUGUAAAGAUAUCGGUGCAUUGGAAUCGCAUUUAAUGGAAAUACAUAAUGUGACAAAAGAAGGUGUUCAGAGACUCUUACUUAUGGUUGAUAUGUCUGACAUCGAGAACAAAACUGGUAGUCAACAACCUAAAACUAAGUCAGAAGAUCCAGUUGUUUCUAAGCGAGAAACGCCAGAACCUGAUGGUAAGACUUCUCCUGAUUCGAAGGAGCGUAGUCUCGAAGAUCUUGUAGAUGAUACCACCUGCUCAUUCUGUAAUAAAAGUUUCUUGAAUGUUGAUGAUCUCUUUACCCAUCAAAAUGAGUUCGGUCAUAUGGACUUGAAACCCACACCAACUGGCUUAGAGUAUCAAUGCUGGAAGAAAGGAUGCUUGCAAUACUUUAAAACAAUCAAUGCUGUGCAGUUGCAUUUUAAGGAGACCCACUCUAAGAAACCACUGCUGGCUGUAUCAGACAGGCAUGUAUACAAAUAUCGCUGCAAUCAAUGUAGUCUAGCUUUCAAAACUCUGGAGAAGCUACAACUACAUUCGCAAUACCACAUGAUUCGUGCUGCAACGAAGUGUGUAUUAUGUGGUCGUAGUUUCCGAUCAGUAAUAGCGCUUCAGAAGCAUGUGGAAACUACUCACACCGAUAUGACUAAAGACCAACUAGAGCAGUACAAAGCUAGUCUAGCAAAUAAUCCGCUGUUGUCUAGUGCAGGUGGCGGUGUUUUAGAUCCCCAAACCACAGAAUUGCUGAAGAAAGAAAGUAUCCGAGAAGAUAUGGAAAUCAUGGACGACUUAAUGGACGUUGGGGCUGAUAAGGAAAGUUCACCAUCUCACGAAACGGACUGUGACCAUUUGGAAGCUGGAGAGCAAAUUAUGUUGGAGGGUACUGGUAAUAAUCAAGAUGUUCUUGAGGACUAUAUCAAUAGUCAAAGCAUGGCAGAAGACAGCUACAAUGAUCCAAACCGAAAAUACAAAUGCCAUCGGUGCAAAGUUGCAUUUACGAGACAAAGUUAUCUGACCAGUCAUAACAAAACUCUUUUGCAUCGCAAAGGUGAAAAAAUGAGUUAUCCAAUGGAGAAGUAUCUUGAUCCUAAUAGACCAUUUAAAUGUGAUAUAUGUAUGGAAUCUUUUACUCAGAAAAACAUACUUUUAGUUCAUUAUAAUUCUGUUUCUCAUCUUCAUAAAGUUAAACUGAGUAUGAAAGAGAAUAACAACGUUACAACUACUUCCAUCUCAGCAGCUAAUAGUUCUUCUGCUAUUAGUACAGCAGGUUUCACUGCAACUAGUAGCAGCCCUAGUGUGUGUUCCUCUUCUAACUCUUCAGUAGUUAACGACAGUGAGAAAAAGCCGUUUAAGUGCAAUAUAUGUAAAGUAGCUUACAGUCAAGGCUCCACCUUGGAUAUUCACGUAAGAUCUGUACUUCAUCAAACUCGUGCAUCCAAACUUCAUGAGUUAGCUAUGACUGGACAGAUUGAUCUCACAGCUCCCUUGAUCGAACGAUCGGAGCAAUCAAAUGAACAACUUUCGCAAAUAGUGAUUCAGCAACCAACUAUGACUUCUGAAAGUUCCUCUUUAAUGCUGCCUCAGACCUCGCAGGUGUCGGGCACGUCCGCAAGUGUUCCUUCUUCUGUCCAAGCUCCAAAGAUCCCAGAUCUGACACAAGUUCCUCUAAGCUUCCCAGCUUCGUCUGCGGUUGCUACUAUCACCAGUGCCUCUCCUCAGCUCCACUUGUCGACUGAUGCGGCAGCAUCAAUGGCGCAAACUCUUGGUCUGACGCCUCCUGUUCCUCAGCCCCCCGUCCUACUUCCGUCUCAGGUGUCUACUCAAGCUCUGGUUAACUGCUCUAGGUGCAACGCGAUUUUCACGACUCAUGAUUCCUUACUCCAACAUCAACAGCUAUGUUGUUUUUUCAAUCCACCUGCUUCACAAGCAAAUUCUGUGAAAUCCAGCUCCAUGACAUCCUCAGCUACGUCUCAGCCUCCUCCACCUCCCACACCUUUUCCAAACAAUCAGCAACUUUCGGGUCGUCUCGCGAGCUCAAACGAAAAAGAUGAUCUGCAAAAAGCAGCACUUUCGUUCCAACCUCUUGCUGACGUUACGAACAAUACAACUCCACCUCAACUUAGUCCUCAAAUCAAUCAACUGGCAAACCAGUUACCUAUUAGACCACGAUGUCCGUUUCCUCGACCACGGCCAUUAGUGUAUAAGCAUUUAAUAGAGAGUUUUGGAUUUGAUGUUGUCAUGCAAUUUAAUGAAAAUAACCAAAGGCGCAGGAAAAGCGAAAAGAAAGAAUCCGAAGAAAAUUGCUUGAAAGAAAAUGUUAAUAAGACUCUAGAUUUAAGUAAACCUGAAGUUAAAAGUGAAGAACCGAAUGAAAAGACUGAUAUUGUGUCGAAAUCAGAAGAUGAAAUUAAAGAUACGAAACCUGACUUACCAGAAAUUAAUAGAUCAGUAUGUCACAUCUGUACGAAAGAAUUCACCAGCAUUUGGGUUUUAAAAACUCACCGGGAAGAAAUUCACAAAGAAAUAGUACCAUUUGAAUUUUUAGAAAAGUUUGCAGAUAUUUUUCGUCAAGAUUAUGAUAACAGAAAUGCAGAUCAAUUGCAGUUACAGACGUGUGAAGAUAAUUUGACUGAUACCAAUCCACCAACGCCAAACAUAAACUGUGAAACACCCCUGUGUCCAACUCCCUCAUCAAUUAGUUCCACAAAUCCACAGUUAAGUUCCACAACUCCACCAGCUUCAAGCGCAUCCUCGCAGAUCAGCGAUGUGCCCGCUUCUGUAACAGCUAACCAAAUGGCAGCUCAGUUGCAGUUAAACCAAUUCAUCAUGAGCAUGGGAUUAGGCAUGGGACUUCCUAUGGGAAUGAACCUUAAUAUGCCUUUUGCUGCUGCUGCUGCUAUGAAUCUUCACCCACCUUUGAUUCCGGUGCUUUUACCGCCCACUAUGGAUCCACUUAUGGCAUCUGCAUUUAAUCAUCCUAUGAUGUCUGGUGGCGUAGAAUCAAAUUAUUUCGCAGCUCAGCAAAAAAUGUUGCAACAUCAGCAGCAGCAAUCUGCAGCUGCAGCUGCUGCAGCAGCAGCACAGGCACAACAACAGAAAAGAGCUAGAACAAGAAUUAACGAUGAACAGUUAAAAAUAUUAAGAACCUAUUUCGAUAUUAAUAACUCACCAACAGAAGAGCAGCUUAUAGAAAUGUCAGAAAAAUCUGGCUUGCCACUUAAAGUCAUUAAACACUGGUUUAGAAAUACAUUGUUUAAAGAAAGGCAAAGAAAUAAAGAUUCUCCUUACAACUUUAACAAUCCUCCCUCUACCUUCCUAAAUCUAGAAGAAUAUGAAAAAACUGGUGAAGCUAAAGUUAUACCCAUUAAUCGUAAUGAUUUCUUAUCAAAAAUAGAUGCUGAUUCAACAAAUCAAAGUGAAGAUGGGCGCAGUAUAGCAGAUGACACCGAUUCUUCCCAAGAGGACAAAGAUAAGCAUGAACCAAACGACUAUCAUUCUCAUGUUAUCGAAGAAAAAAUUUCGACACCUAAAGCUGAAGUUCCUUUGCCCAUGUUGCCAGUAUCUACAUCAUCAGUAUUGUCACAUUCAUUGACUCAUUCAACACCAAUCGACAUGAUGAAUACAAAUAAGGAUGACAGUCCUAAAGAUCUCCACAUUAUGCAUUCUGAAUCCUCUUCUUCUUCACCUCAGCCGUCCAUCAAUUUCAGUUCAAUUACAUCCAUGACGGGCCCUAUCAUUCCUAACGCAUCCGCAUCUCCUCCCACAUCAGAUUCUCCGCGGGGUUUCAACAGUCCCUCGUACUGUGGUUCAAGUUCAGUUGGUGGUGGCACUGGUAGUGGUAAACGAGCGAACCGAACACGAUUCACUGAUUACCAAAUUAAAGUACUCCAAGAGUUUUUCGAGUCUAAUGCAUAUCCAAAAGAUGACGAUCUGGAGUAUUUGUCUAAAUUAUUAAGCCUCAGUCCUAGAGUGAUUGUGGUGUGGUUCCAGAACGCUAGACAGAAAGCUCGUAAAGUGUACGAGAACCAGCCACCCAUCAAUACAGAUGAUGAUAGCGCUGGAAAAUUUCAGAGAACUCCGGGUCUCAAUUAUCAAUGCAAAAAAUGCUUGCAAGUUUUCCAGCGAUACUACGAGCUUAUUAAACAUCAAAAAAGUUCUUGUUUCAAAGACGAGAACCCCAUCGCUGUUCAAAUGAAAGCCGCAACUGCAAUCAUGGAUGAAAAAUCUCAAGGUAGUAGUGUUUCUGAUACAUCCUCGAUCACUAAUAGGACGCCUGACAAAUUCGGACAAAAUGGAACGUAUCGUUGUGAUAAAUGUAGUUUAUCGUUCCCACGUUUCGAUCUGUGGAGGGAACACCAAAUAGUGCAUAUCAUGAACCCCAAUCUGUUUCCUAACUAUUCUCCUAACUCCUCUUUUGGAAUUCUACAGUAUGAGGCCCAACAACCACCUACGCCACCACUGAAAAGAAAGUUGUCUGAGGAAGAAGAAAUGAAAGAUUUAGGAGAUCAACCGAAAGACAAACGCCUUCGAACAACAAUUUUACCUGAGCAAUUGGAUUAUUUAUACCAGAAAUAUCAAAUAGAGAGUAAUCCCAGCAGAAAAAUGCUAGAGAACAUAGCCAGGGAAGUUGGCCUGAAAAAACGGGUCGUGCAAGUGUGGUUUCAAAAUACUAGAGCCAGGGAAAGAAAGGGACAGUUUAGAGCUCAUCAGCAAGUAAUUCACAAGCGUUGUCCAUUUUGUAGGGCUUUAUUCAAAGCUCGAUCUGCAUUGGAGUCUCAUUUAGCAACUAGGCACGCCGAUCAGUAUACUAGAGGUGACAUCAAUAUAGAUUCUUUGCCAGAUGGUGAAAUCGAUUCUAACCCAGAAACGCCCUCAGCAUCAAAUGCUUCAGAAGAUGUUAAAAAUAAUUUAUAUCCAUCCUUUUCGUCUUGUACUACUACUGCAGGUUCCACUGCUAGUUUUACGACUCAAAAUUUGGAAUCUGUUCAAAGUUCCAUGAAGAAGUAUUAUGAAGAUUCUUUGAAAAAAUAUUUGGAUGAGUUAAGCAGUGCAAAUAAAGAAGGAAACACCAGUCCAGUCGCUGACCUCAGUAUGAAGCAGCCGAAACCAUCUGAAGAUAAGCCUCCGGGACAGGUAGGAGAUACUCCUUUGGAUCUGAGUAAACCUGUGAAAGUCACCAUUGAUGGUGAGAAAAGCAGUGAUGGUGCUCCAACGAACCUGAGUGAUAAGAGUUCUGAAGACGCCAUGAAUAGGAGUUACAUGAGCUGCGAUGAUGCAAGAUCUGAAACGCAUUCUGAAUCCACUGAAAAUAUGGAUUUCGAAGAUCAUAUGGACAUUUCACAUGGAAGCAACCCUACAUCGCCGUCGAGUUCUGGUCAUCAGGGUUCCGGCGGCAGUAAAAGGUUUCGGACACAGAUGUCCACCAUACAGCUGAAGGUGAUGAAGUCGAUAUUUGCAGAUUACAAAACUCCCUCAAUGGCAGAAUGCGAAACCCUAGGCCGAGACAUAGGCUUACCAAAGAGAGUUGUGCAAGUAUGGUUUCAAAAUGCUAGAGCAAAGGAGAAAAAAGCGAAGUUAGCUUUUAUGAAAGCCUUUGGUCAUGAGAUGGAUAUGCCUAAGGGUCCCGAAGAGUGCUCCAUCUGCAAAAUUAAGUACAACAUCAAGUUUUCGAAUACAAGUAUGCAAGAUCACUUGUUUUCUAGACGUCAUCUCGAAAAUUUAAAAGCGCACAUUACGAAAAUAAAAAAGCUGACAGAAGGUCAAGAUAACAUCGACAGGCUGGAUCAGUCGCCUGUCACACCCAACAACAUGCUGAAUCAACUUGUCCAUUCUCAGCAUAGUAUGCAUCCAGAAGACACAGACCUAAAUGCGUCUCCUGGAACGAACCAACCUAGUCUGAUGCAACAGCUACACAUGAUGGGACUGCAACAAAUGCCGGGAAUGUCAGUGCCCAUGGGCUUGCCUGGUUUCCCAAAUUCGAGCAAUGGCCCAACCAACAUGAUUGGCCUCAAUGCCGCAGGAUCUCCACCGACUUCUUCCAUGUCCUCGAUCACUGCACAGUCAACCAAGACCGAUGCUAAAUCAGCACCUCUGUCCAACAAAUGCAAUAACAGUGCUUCGGAGAGCCCCGAUCUAAAGACUUCUUCGGACCUACAGCGACAGAGCCCAGCGACGUUUGCAGCCAGUCAAGGUCAGCAACGGAAAGAGGACAAGAAGGACGUUUCCGAUGUCAUGAACGGGAGCACCACCAGCAACAGUGCGACUAACGCCCUUCCACCAUCUCAGCGAGUCGGAAACAUGACAGACUUCCCAAUGCCCACUACAGAAGCGGGGGGUUUGCUUCCUUACAUGUAUGCUGGAUUUCCGGGCUACUAUGCUGGACUAUCGGGUGCAUUCUUCCACCCAGGCAUGUAUCCAGGUAGGAACAAACUAUGACCAGAUCCCCAACCUCUUUAAGCCCCUUUACUGUGAUGUUGUGUAGCUGUAGUUGUGCAAAGUGGACUCAUUUGCUCUUUUCUAGGGAUGUGGAACUCUUACCAUUUCAUCGUUUUCUGAGUUUGGUUGAAACUCAGAUUUUAGCAAUUAUUUUCGUGCUUAUACGAUGCAAUUCCAUACCAUGUACAUGUAAUUCAUCAUUGUGUUAGUAAUUUAUUAGCCAUUUUUUCAUGCAGGGUUGAAUACAAACAGCAAUUCACGUGCUUUUUUUCACUUCACUUUUUUCUUUCAUUCUGGAAUGGGAGAAAAAGCGUGAUAGUAUAUAUUAGUAGAUUUAUUUAUCAUUUUUUCUUCCAACUUUCGCAAUUUGUCUACGCACUGCUAGGCUGUUCAUCUAAUUAAUUCGUCUGCUGCUCUUUUUGCAUUUCUUUGUUGGCAUUCUUCUUACAAUUCUUUCCUUCAUAUUCUACUUACAUGCACUUCUUCUUUUAAAGCAUUUCCAAACGAAAAAAAAAAUUGCUUUUAUGCAUCUCUCGCAGACUUCUAAACUUAUCCAAAGCAUUUUUUGCUGCUCUAAACUCCACCAUUUUAAACACUUAUCUCUCUUUCUUCUAAGUGCAAAUACUCUUAUUUGCCCUGUUGUUUUCCUGUUUAUCUUGAUCAAAGUGUUUUAAUCGACGAAAAAUUACAUUGAAAUCUUCCUGAAUUAACUUUUUUUUUUCCUUGAAAAUUUAACCCCAAGAGAAAUAUUUUAUACAUCUAAAGUAAAUAAUUUUUUUUAAAAAACUAUUAAAAAUAAAAGUAUUUAUUGGUACCGUUAUAAAAUUCAUCACAAAGUGCCUUUAUCAUCAACUCAAGUGUAAAAUAAAAUGAGAUAUACCUAAAAUGUUUUAUGUUUCAAAUGAAUUUUAAGUUCAAGUUAUUCUAACGAGUCUAAGUUGCAUCUAUCGUUGUAACCUAAUUAAAAAUACAUUUCGAGUAUGAAUAAUUUUUAAUAAAAUGUUCUAAAGAUGCAUUUUUAAUGCAAAAUUCAAGCAUUUAUGAAUUGUUUGUGUAUAUAGUUUCUUCGAGAAGCAAUCUGUUUUUGUUCCCAUAAGCAAAGAUCGUCCUUAAAUGGUUAUACACUCACAAAACAAUCAAAAUAUUUUGUAUAUUGAAUGCUAUAGUGAAAUCUUAUCAGUGAAGUUUUGUUUUCAAUAUUUCGCCUAAUAUUUUUGUGAUUAGAGAAAACCAAUUAAAACGCAUUUAGUUUUAAAAUUAAAACGCGGCACAUAUGGAAUAGCUUGUUUUCCGAUAGCAGAUUGAUCAAAUGAUGUUUUCAAGUUGAAUACAAAAAAUGUUAUUUAUUAUUGUACAUGUUUGAAUGUUCUUGUGAUUCUCCCUUAAAUUUAUGGUACUUUAAUCCUCCUAGGUGGCACACUCCACGGUUAAACGUUUUAAAAUGAUCGUCAUAAAAUUGGCAACCAUUUUUGAACGUUUCGCAAUCGGUUUAAAAUGGUCGCCACAACGUUGACAACCAUUUUUAAACGUUUCAUAAACGUUUUAAAAUGGUCGUACAAAGUCGACAACCAUUUCAAAACUUUUGUGAAACGAGUAUGCUACCUGAGCUAGUGCCUUAGCUCUAAAUAAGCUAUUUUUGCUUUUUAAAAUUUAUAUGCAUGACUGCUGUAUCAGCAUGAUUAUUCUGUCUUUCGAGCAUGUUGUUAAUUUAUUGUUUCUUUUUUUCUUUUUAAUAGAUUUUAUGUAAAAGUGCACUUUUGAACAUUGUAGAUAUUUAAAUUAUAAACGGUUUAUAUGCUGGUAAACUCUUUUGUAUCUUUAGCCCUGUUGUUUAUGUAUUGAGACAUUUUUAUUAAUUUUGUUUGUACAUAUGUGAAAGAUGACGCAAAUGCAUUUUUUAUGUUUGCACUAAGUCUUGUAAUGAUAGUUCAAAACUUGAGCUGUGUAAAAUAAAACC